AUGUCUAAAAUGGGCGAGGCGUGGGCUGGGUCCCCGUGCGACGAGCGCCUCUGCAGCUCCCUGCCGCUGCCCGCGCUCAUCCCGGUCACCGCCGUGUGCCUCGGCCUCUUCGCGGUGGGGGUGGCGGGGAACGUGCUGACCGUGCUGAUCCUGCGGCGCUGCCGGGAGCUGAAGACCACCACCAACCUGUACCUGGGCAGCAUGGCCGUGUCCGACCUGCUCAUCCUGCUGGGGCUGCCCUUCGACCUCUACCGCCUCUGGCGCUCCCGGCCCUGGAUCUUCGGCCAGCUGCUCUGCCGCCUCUCCUACUACCUGAGCGAGGCCUGCACCUACUGCACCAUCCUGCACAUCACGGCACUCACCGUGGAGCGCUACCUGGCCAUCUGCUUCCCGCUCAAGGCCAAGGUGGUGAUCACCAAGCGCCGCGUCAAGGCGGUGAUCGGGGCCCUGUGGGCCUUCGCCUUGCUCUCGGCCGGGCCCUUCUUCUUCCUGGUGGGCGUGGAGCAGCGGGACAACCAGACCGAUUUCAGCCGCGAGUGCCGGCUCACGCCACUGGCCACCGAGUCCGGCCUGCUGGGCAUCAUGUUGUGGGUCACCACCAGCUACUUCAUCCUGCCCGUCCUCUGCCUCAACGUGCUCUACGGCCUCAUUGGCAGAGCGCUGUGGAGGAGCAAGGUCCGGCCCCAGGGCCCCAAUGCGGCCCUCAGGGAGAGGGGGCACAAACAGACCAUCAAGAUCCUGGCUGUGGUGGUUCUGGCGUUUAUAAUUUGCUGGUUGCCAUUCCAUGUGGGCAGGAUCAUAUUUAUAAACACUCAGGAUACCAGCAUGAUGCUUUUCUCCCAGUACUUUAAUAUAUUCGCUUUGCAACUUUUCUAUCUGAGCGCAUCCAUCAACCCAAUCCUCUACAACCUCAUUUCAAAGAAAUACAGGGCAGCCGUCUACAAACUACUGCUCCCACACAGAUCUGGAGAAAGGGUUUUCAGUGCUACCCGAGAUACUGGUGGUUACACUGAGACCAGCACUAGCAUAAAAAAAGAGUAUGUAACCCCCUUCUGAGA